AUCAAAUCAAUAAUAUUGUCUUUCUUUUACAUCAUUUUCAGGAACUACUUGACUGUGAUAGCUUUAUGGAUUGGAUGUUUAUUUAGUUUAAUUAAGUAUGCUGGUGCAGCAGAUCCUGUCUUCGAUCCAUCGACGACCAUGAGAUUAGUUUUAGUACCAGCUGAUGCUACAGUUGGAUCAGUAAUCUUUCGAUUGCGAGCUUCAGAUGAUGAAUUCGAUUAUCCAUUAACGUUCGAGUUAGUGGGCGAUGUAUCAUCAUCAACAGUACAAAUCGACUCAUUACCCUGUACAAAAUACAAUUCAGUAUGUCAGGCUAAUGUGGUGCUUCGACGUCGACUCGAACCAGGUCGUUAUUAUGACUUCCAUGUAUCUGUAAAAGAUACAAAAGGCGGAAUGGCACAACAAAGCUGCUCCAUCACCGCCACAAACUUUACUACACCAACAGACAUAAUUUUUCCCAAGAAAACAAGCAUCAUAAUGGUGUCAGAGGAUGCAAAGAGAGGAACAGAGCUUGAUUAUAUUGUUGCAAGGAAGAAUCCACUCUUUCCACGACCAGUUUACCUUGAACUUUGGGGAUCACCAUUGUUUGCAAUUCGACAAAAAAUUGUUUCACCGGAAAUGACAGAGGGGACGAUCUUCCUUCUUGGACCUCUUGAUUUUGAGAAGCAGUCGAUGUACCAUCUCUCAUUAUUAGCCAUUGAUGCUUAUGCAGAGCCUGGUCAAGAUAGUCGGAACAUUGCUGGCAUUGACAUUGUGAUAAUUGUCGAGGACGUGCAAGAUGUUGCUCCCGUUUUCACGUUAGCACCGCCCGUCACUCGUCUUCCUCCAGGAUUAAUUCCUGGUGAUAAGAUUCUUCAAGUUCAUGCUGAAGAUGGCGACAAAGGCGUUCCACGUGAAAUACGAUAUGGCUUGGUUUCUGAAGGAAAUCCGUUUACUUCCUUUUUUGAUAUUAAUGACACGACUGGUGAAAUAACAUUAGUGAGGCCAUUAGAUGAAAUUUCGGCUAUUACGCACAUUGGUGAUCCCGUUCUACUCACAGUGAUUGCUGAGGAAGUUAAAGUUGCUCGUAAUGAGCCACAAGCAAUGGCAUCAACCGUCAAACUUGCUUUGUUCCUUCCGGAACGAAGCAAUUCACCACCCUAUUUUGAAAAUGACCAUUAUGUCACGAGAAUCGAUGAAAAUUCCCCGACGGGCACAACAUUGGUUUUCCCGGAACCUUACAUCACGCGCGUCAGUGACGACGAUGCAGGCAAAAAUGGAGUUUUCUCACUCACCUUACUCAACAACAAUGGAACAUUUGAGAUCUUUCCAAAUGUUGCAGAGCGAAAGGCCAAUUUCAUUAUUCGAGUUCGUGAUAAUAAUAUGCUCGAUUUUGAAGAGUUUACAUCAUUGUCGUUUCAAAUAUUGGCACAAGAGCUUGGCCCUGCUACGAAUCUAUCAGCAAUUGUCAAUGUGACUGUGUUCAUAGUCGAUAAGAAUGACAAUCCACCCAUAUUUGAACAAACGGAAUAUCGUGUGGAUCUACCGGAAAACAUGACUGCCGGAACUCGAGUGGUACAAGUGCACGCAGAAGACGUCGAUACGGGAACUGGUGGACGGAUACGUUACACUCAAAUCUUGGGCUAUUUAAAUACUUCACUCAAUUUAGAUGCCGCUAGUGGAAUAAUUACCGUUUCGACAAAUAAUCAUGGCUUCGAUCGCGAAAAAAUGCCCGAAUAUCAUUUGUAUGUAGAAGCUCGUGACGAUGACGGAAUUGGAAAUCGUGCAGAAGUCCCUUUGGUCUUGCAAUUAAUCGACGUCAAUGAUGAAACGCCAGUUUUUGAAAAAGCACUUUACGAGUUCAUUCUGACAACUGAUCUCAGAAAUUUCACGAUACCAGCAUACAUCAAAGCAACAGAUGCUGAUGCCGAGGAACCUAAUAACAUUGUUCGUUAUGAGAUUAUUCAUGGAAAUUAUGAGAAUAAAUUUUUCUUGAAUGAAAUCACUGGACAACUUAUGCUUCGUGAGCCAUUAACGAAUCGAAACAAGCGACAAGAAAGUAAUAAGCCUGAAACUGAUGUUUUCGUGUUGACUGCAAGAGCUUUUGAUCUGGGCGUACCCGUAAGAUUCUCAACAACAACUGUAAGAAUUUAUCCGCCAGAAAGUCGCACAAGGGCAGUCUCGUUCCUUGUGCCUGGUUAUAAUCCUGAUCGACAAAACUUGGAGAAAUCUUUAAGUGACUUAACUGGUGGACGUGUGAUUAUAAGAGACGUUAAGCCAUAUAUAGACAAUAUCAAUGGCGUUAUCGAUCCAGGAAAUCGGCGAGAAGAGAAGAGUAUUGUGACUGCAACUGUGAUUUAUGAUACUGAUACGAUCGUUGAUGUUGCUGAAAUGCAAAAGCGGCUAAUGCAAGGCAGUAAUCAGGGAAUCGUCGUUCACGAAGAUGCGAGCGCAUAUAAAGCAGAGAAUCGCGUUCUCUUCUGGCUACUCAUCUUCUUAGCCCUUCUUCUUGCUCUUGGAAUUUUAACACUGCUUUUAUGCUGCAUAUGCUCGUGGUGUCCACUCUACGCUGCACCAAGAAAGAGAUUUAGAGUCAAUAGUGAAGAUGAUGUUAAUCUCGUUCAUAGAGAACAUCCAAUCGGGAAACAAACGAAAUCCGUUCAGGUCGCCGAAUGGAUGGGACGGAGAGAAGCAUGGUCAACGGAGAGGUCGGCAGAUUCAAGAACGAAACCUACACGAUGGGAGUUUAGUAAGAGAGGAUACUCUGACCAAAAAUUAGGCAUCGACAAUCCAGCAGCACAAAUUGACAACGAAGAUAAUGAAAGUGGAAAACUUAAUAUUAAAGUUAAUGAAGACAAGGAAACAGUUAAUAUUAUUAAUGAAACUGAAACAACCAAAGAAACUACCCAGAAAAAGUCUAUAAAACUGGAUAACACUCAUAUAUAUAAUGAAGAAAUAAUGGAAGACGAUUACACAAGCAUUAAACACAUCAACGCUAAAGAUACACUAAACGCUCCGCUCAAUCAAAUUGAUGAAGAUUCGAUUCGCAGACAUGAAAUGGAUCGUGGAAGUGACAUCGAAUAUGAAAGGCGAACAAGUUUUAAAAGACAACAAGCACAAGAAGAAGCAAAUAUCAGUGGCCGUGAUCAACUUUUCAUAAAAGAUGGUAAUGCUGAGAUUCUCCGAUUGAUUACACGAGGUGGUCAAGGUGGAAGCAACGACAAUCUUUAUAUCAAUGUUCCACAACGAAACAUCAACCCACCUCAAUAUGUUCUUGUUGAAGGCAGUGGAAAAGAGAUUUUGAUGCGUCGUUUUAUAGAAGAACAAGCAAAUGGAAAGCAAAUCAUUCGUGAACAUUAUCAAGUUAUUCCCAACACGACAUUUGUUCAGACGUUACCCAAUGAAGUGAAUGAAAGCAACGUUGAGAAACAGAAGCGGGAGACACAGCAACAGACUCAGAAAGAUGUUAAACUAGUCGACACAGAAAUGACUCAUGCUGUAUCCAAUCAAUCGCUUGUAAUUCAACAAGAACUUGAAAAUUCUCUUAAGCAACAAAAUGCUUUAUUACGACAAAUUUUACUUGAAAAAGAAAAGCUUGAAGAGAAAUAUAAAGAACAUGAGAAUGCCCUCGAAACUCAAAGUCUUCCAUGUCACUCUUUAACUACAGCUGCUCAAACACAAACAGAUUGUGAAAUUGCUGUUCAAACUGAGCCAUGGAAUGAGAUGAAUGGUUCAAAAUCUUCGCUUGUUCGUAGACGAACACGAAGUGAAAAUGAUGACUCAAUGUCUGAAGAUGAAUACGAAUAUGUUCGUUAUAGUCCACCAAAUAGUCCAAAUGGUAUUUAUUGGAUUAAACGUCGACGACAUCGUAAGAAAGGAAAGCAUAAGGAUCAAGCGAACACUCAACGAAAAGUUGUCACUGUUGAAUCGGUGAAAAGAAAAAUUCGAACACCAAUUCAAGAAGAAAUGGAAGAUGGAAGUAAACGAUCAGUUCGAGUAGAACAUCGCGAAACGAGAGCUUCGAAUUUACGUCGUGCUAAAAUUGCAAGUGAUCGACAUCGAAUGCUUCAAGAGAAAAUUCUUCACGACAUUAAUGACUCACUUGACGAAGGCGAAAUUGUUCCAAACAUAAAAGCUAAGUCAACAAAAAACAUUAAAUAUUAUAUUGAAGAUACCGAUGGAUCCGAGAAUGAAGUGAUUUUGCAUAAAAAUUAUUAUUCAGCUGAUAGUUUGGAGAACGAUUAUGAACUUGAAGAUCGGAUAAAUGAUGACGAGAAACGUCGCAUGACUGAAAGCGUUCCGCCAACUCCAGCUAUUCGUCGUGGUAUUAGAAUUCAAGAUGAUAAACGACAAUUCAAGUCAUUCAAGAUUGAAAGCGAACCAUCGAAAAUUCCCAAAGCUCAAGCACCUCGACCACCAAUGGAAAGACAACGAACAUUCAGUAAAAACCAUGACAUGCCUGAUACAAAAGCUGUGCCACGCUACAUGGAAUGGUAUUCGAAGAACAAGGAAACGACGAGUAAAGUUCCACCGGUCAAGGCAAAAAGAAAAAAUAUUGUUCGUUCGCAAGAGAAAUUAGAUGACAAAUCAAGACCUGAACCAAUGCCACGUAAUACGCCAUCAAAAGAAGCCGCACGCCUUUUAAAAGAGGAUCUCGAAAUGGCACGGAAAGUCGAGUCACGAACUCAACUUGGCGAUGCAUUAAAUCAUCCACUGCUUCAAUAUUCAGAGCACAGAUUCGAACACGAAUAUUCGCUACAGCCAAACAUUCCACAGCCUCCAGUUAAACUUCCUCAUUACAUGUAUCCUAAUACUCCGCCUACACACUCAGAUCCUAAAAUAACUAUAAAAUAUAAGCCAAAUGCUUCUCCCAUCAAAGAAAAUGAAAUUUCAAAAACUACAACAACGAUUAAGAUUCCGAUUGAGCAGAAUGGAGCUUCAAAUCCCAACAUUACUACCACAACAACCACAACUACGACUAUGAUGAAUGCAUCGAUGCAACAACAUCAUCAGCAACAGCAACCGAGUCAGCAUGAAGACGAUCAUGAUUCUGGUAUUGCUAUGAAUUCAUUGCUUCAUGGGAAACGUAAUCGAAUUGCUGAUAAGAAAAGUGUUUUCACAAUAGCUUACGACGAUGUACAAAUCAAAAGGAUUCAGAUGAGUGAAAGUGAAGAUCCACCGUUGUCUUAA